GUCACCACAGUUCACUAAAAAUAAUCAUAUUUUCUUUAGAAAAAACAGCCACGCCAGGCAUGUGGGGGCACAGGGACGUCGCUGGAUGUGACUGAGGAAGCAGAGCGCGGAUAACGUCCUUCAUGGACGGGCAGCGGAGCUUUUACGAGAUGGAAAACCCGUCGGAGAACCCCAGCAAGGCGGCGGAGUAUCUCAAAGAGCUGAACAAGAUCAUCGAGACCCAGCAGGGGUUGCUGGAGAAGCAGAGGAUCCGGAUCGAGGAGCUGGAGCUCCAGGUGACAGAUCUUUGCACAGAGAACGCGUGUCUGAAAGAUCAGCACCAGCGGCACCUGGUCACCUGCAGACUCCAGCAGGGCAACCAUCCCGCGCUGGGAGCCAUAAAGGAGAAUGUCAUGCAGGAAAAAUCUGAAACUGAAAGUUCAAGAGGUGUCAGGCGACACGCCUCAUUGCCUGUAGAAGUCUCAGAGAUCCCCAUAAACCUUAUGGCCCCACCAUGUAGAAGAAGUUACCCCUGUCGAAAAUGGAAGUCUGCAUCAUUUGGCGUGGAAGGUGAUGGUCCAAGCAGCGAGGUGGGUGCCUCUUUGGAUCCCAGCGGUGGUUACAGUUGUGUAUCAGUGAGCCACAGCGGCGGGCUCAGCCCCAACCAACUGGACAGUCAGCUCUACGGUCACAUUGUGCUGCCUGGCCACCAGCGGCCCCGUCGAUCCAAAGUCCAGCACUCCCAGUCCAUCCUCCGCAAGCAGGCUGAGGAGGAGGCCAUCAAACGCUCCCGCUCGCUGUCUGAGAGCUAUGAGCUCUCGUCAGACCUACAAGAUAAGCAGGUGGAAAUGCUAGAGCGUAAAUAUGGUGGGCGUUUCAUAACUCGCCAUGCAGCCAGAACCAUUCAGACAGCUUUCCGGCAGUAUCAAAUGAACAAAAACUUUGAGCGUCUUAGAAGUUCUAUGUCUGAGAACCGAAUGUCCAGACGCAUCGUCCUAUCCAAUAUGAGAAUGCAGUUUUCUUUUGAAGGACCUGAAAAAGUCCACAGCUCCUACUUUGAGGGAAAGCAGUUGUCACUAACAGAUGAUGGUGCCAAAAUUGGCGCAGUGGUGCAAUCAGAGCAUAAUGAAGACAUGGGCAUACAGGCCAAGCCUCCUUCGACACAAACUGACUUCUCAGAUGCGAUAACUGAACUGGAAGAUGCCUUCUCAAGGCAGGUCAAAUCAUUAGCAGAAUCCAUAGAUGAUGCUCUUAACUGUCGCAGCCUGCACGGUGACGAGAACCAGUCAGAGUCAGUCAGAAGUCACCAGGACGUGGAAAGGGAGGUCAGUUGUCAGGUGAAGCCCUCCCACAGCACCUCUGAUCAUAAACUAGAUGAGAUGACGGCGUCGUACAGUGAUGUCACUCUUUAUAUUGAUGAGGAGGAGCUCUCACCGCCCCUGCCCCUCUCUCAGUCUGUAGAUCGACCUUCCUGCACUGAAAUAGACUUGCGUCAGCGCUCCCUAAACUCCUCACAGGACUACUGGGCACUGGCUCGUAAAGAGGAGAAGGGAGACACAGAUACCAGCUGCCGCAGUACCCCAUCUCUGGAAUGCCAAGAACAGCACCUACGUGUGGACCACCUGCCAUUACUGACCAUUGAGCCCCCCAGCGAUAGCUCGGUGGAGCUUAGUGAUCGCUCUGAUCGCAGUUCAUUGAAAAGACAGAAUGCCUACGAGCGGAGCAUUGGCAGCCAGCAGGGCAGUCCCAAACACAUCAGCCAUGGCCUGCCACCGCUAAGGCCUUCCAGAGAAGAAGAUCCCACCCGCCAUCAGCCACGGCAACUGGAGGCUCACCUGACCAUCAACGGCAGCGUGCACCGGCAGAGCAAGUCUGAGUCGGAUUUCUCUGACGGAGACAACGACAGCCUCAACAGCACAUCAAACUCCAAUGACACCAUCAACUGCAGCUCUGAGUCCUCAUCCAGAGACAGCCUGCGGGAACAGACGCUCAGCAAGCAGACCUACCACAAAGAGACCCGCAACAGCUGGGACUCACCCGCCUUCAGCAAUGACAUCAUCAGAAAGAGGCACUACCGCAUUGGCUUAAACCUCUUCAACAAGAAACCAGAAAAAGGCAUCCAGUAUCUGAUAGAACGGAACUUUGUUCCGGACACUCCAGUGGGUGUGGCCCACUUCCUGCUGCAGAGGAAAGGCCUGAGUAGGCAGAUGAUUGGAGAAUUCCUGGGAAACAGACAGAAACAGUUCAACCGGGAUGUCCUUGACUGUGUAGUGGAUGAAAUGGACUUCUCAGCUAUGGAGCUGGACGAGGCACUCAGGAAGUUUCAGGCACACAUCCGAGUCCAGGGAGAAGCACAGAAGGUGGAGCGGCUGAUUGAGGCCUUCAGCCAGCGCUACUGCAUUUACCCCGGUGUGGUGCGACAGUUCAGGAACCCUGACACCAUCUUUAUCUUGGCCUUCGCUAUUAUCCUCCUCAACACGGACAUGUAUAGCCCCAACGAGCCUGAGAGGAAGAUGAAGCUGGAGGAUUGUAAGAACCUCCGAGGAGUGGACGAUGGAGAGGACAUUCCCAGAGAGAUGUUGGUCGGAAUAGAGCAUUCGGAACGGGAGCUCAAGACCAAUGAAGAUCAUUGUCCCAGGUUCAGAAAGUGGAAAAAAAUCAUUGUAGGCAAAACAACCAUCGGUUCUUUGCACCAUGGCCUGGGCUGUGUGCUGUCUCUCCCCCAUCGCAGACUGGUGUGUUACUGCAGACUUUUUGAAGUGCCCGACCCCAACAAACCACAAAAGCUGGGUUUGCACCAAAGGGAGAUCUUUCUCUUCAAUGACUUGCUGGUGGUUACUAAAAUUUUCCAGAAGAAGAAGAACUCUGUAACCUACAGCUUUCGGCAGUCCUUCUCACUUUACGGCAUGCAAGUGUUACUCUUUGAGAAUCAGUAUUACCCCAAUGGAGUCCGUCUGACAUCGGCCAUCCCUGGAGCUGACAUCAAAGUCCUCAUCAACUUCAAUGCACCCAAUCCUCAGGAUCGUAAAAAGUUCACUGAUGAUUUGAGAGAAUCAAUUGCUGAAGUCCAAGAGAUGGAGAAGUACCGAAUAGAAUCUGAGCUCGAAAAACAGAAGGGCGUUGUUAGGCCCAGCAUGUCUCAGAGUUCAGGGUUAAAGAAGGACACGGGGAACGGCAACCUGAGCCGGACAAGCCUUGAUGACAGCUACGCUAUCAGUGAAGGCUUAAAGAGGAGCGCCCUAAGCAGCUCUCUUCGGGAUCUGUCCGAUGCAGGCAAGCGUGGGAGACGCAGCAGUGCAGGAUCACUAGACAGCAAUAUGGAAGGGUCCAUCAUCAGCAGUCCUCACAUGCGGCGGAGAAUUCCGUCCAGCCGAGACUGCUCAUCACGCCACAGCGGACAGUCGCUGACCAACUCGUCAUCACUCCUGGGAUCUCUAUUUGGGACCAAGCGGGUGAAAUCCCCUAGCCCCACCCCACAGCCCACACACCCCACGCUCAUCUCCCACACGCAGCACACCGCCAACCUGCACCACGCGGUGCGGGUGGAGACAGACACGCCGGUCCCCAUGCACCCCCACCACGCCCAGUUCUGCCACUUGUCACAGAACCCUCCGCCGUACCACCACCACCACCAUUACCACCCGCCGGCCCACUUGCAGCACCCUCCGCACCAGUACCUCCCGCCGCCCUCUCACAUCCCACAGCCGCCUUACCCACCUCACUCUCACUCACAGCACAGCCACGGGGGACACCCUGCUCACCCGACACACGGCCCCCACCACCACGGCCCACCGUCGGCUCCCUCCCAGGCCCCUGGCAGCACCAAACCCAAGCACAGCGGCAUCAGCACGGUGGUGUGAGGCGCACUGACUGAUUUUAAUCAUGAUGGUCGCACUGUGCAGACAAGAUCCUGUGCCUCUUUCCUAUUUUUGUUGCUCGCGUCACACAGACAGAUCACCAUUCUUCUCCUCAUCAUUGUUCCGUUGCUUCUGAUGGUUAAUUCUGAUCACAUCUUGCAUCUGCCCACCUCAGGAGCAACACUCUUAGAAAUGAAACAUACACUC